AUGACUUCCAACUCUAUAGUUUACAACCGGCGGGGGUCAGGAGAAGCGGUUGGGCUUCAUGAUGUUCUGCUGGUGAAGUUCUCUGUUGAAGGUCUGGUUAAGUCCCUCUCUGUCUCUCUCUCCCUUCCUCGUACACCCUCGGCCACCCUCGCCCACCCUCGGCCACCCUCGGCCACCCUAGGCCACCCUCCGCCCACCCUCCGCCCACCCUCGGCCACCCUCGGCCACCCUCGGCCACCCUCGGCCACCCUCCGCCCACCCUCGGCCACCCUCGGCCACCCUCGGCCACCCUCGGCCACCCUCGGCCACCCUCGGCCACCCUCGCCCACCCUCGGCCACCCUCCGCCCACCCUCGGCCACCCUCGGCCACCAAUAUAG